CUGUAUUGUAAAUGGAGGUUCUUCGCAGAGUACGUGAGAGUAAUCGUCAGAUUAACACACUCAGAGAAUAUGUAAAAAAGUUGAAGUACUUAAACAGCCUAAAGGAAAACAGUGUAUUGCCCGAGGAGGAAGAAAUAUCUCUGUUCGCACAGAUACAGGCACUCAACGACCUGUUCAAGAAUCUGAGUGACCAGGUGAAGGAGUUCUUAAAAAAGGUGUAUAUGUUUCUGGAGCAGAGUGAUGACAAGGAUAGUUCCACGUAUAAUGCGGUGAAAGAGCAGUGGACCACCCUUACACACAAUCUUACACAAGUGGUGAGUGAUUUCAGAUACGUGCAGGUCGAGCACAAUAACAAGGAGAGGGAGAUGCUAAGAGACCAAUACCUGAUUGCGAGGCCGGAUGCAUCAGAUAAAGAGCUGAAUGAGCUCAUGACAGCGGACAAUGCAGCCGAUGUGCUGAGGAACGCGUUUAUGAGUGAUAAUACCCAAGACUUGGAGUACCGACAGGCACAAAAGCGGCUGGAAGACAUAAAAGUAAUUGUGGAUUACAUCGAUCAGCUGUGCCAGCUGCUCAGGGACAUCGAUCAGAUGGUUGCUGGGCAGGCUGAUUUUGUAGAUAGAAUCGAAAUUGAUGUGGUAACAUCGAGAGAAAAUACGCAAAGCAUGAACGAAAACCUGAGGAAGACGCUCAAAAGCACACGGAGAUGGAAGAUGGUGAAGAGAAUCUUAUUUUUAGUCAUAGGCAUUGUGUUGGUCAUCAUAAUUGUUUACGUGUUCAACUCUGUGAUCAAGCCCAUAUUCUUCAGCAAAAGCAAGUAGGUGGAGAUUGGACACAGAGUUGUAAGGCGACCACGAAAUGGACAAGGCUGUCAAACGAUCGAAUAGUUGCUUUUACGCGUGCUGAGUAGCAAAACAGAAAACAUAACAUGCUUGGUCAGUAUUUUUGUACUGCACUUGAUGAGUUGUAUCCGUAAAAUAUCUGUACGACUUUUAGAUAGCUCCACGAUCUCUUUGUAUAUUGCUCAAUGGUUACCAUCUGGACUGUUCGUUCAUGGCUUUGCUACCGGUUGCAUCGUUUAACCGACUUUGUUUAUCUCCGCUCGUAGCACCUAGCUGUAAUUUUUGAACUAGGAACCUUUUCAGCGUCUUUUUGAAGUCGAGCUGGAGAAGUAAAUAAGUACAUUAUUUACUUUUUUGCAUUUAUGGACAGCACGGCAUGGAAUAUGUUUCACUUUUCAAUACAAUUUUUUUACUAUGUUUUCAUUAAUUUACUACGUUGCAUCCCAUGAUUGAAUCAACAGUUUGGUGUAUCUGCACAGUUUUAUCCUAUUGGCACUGAAGAGAUAGCUUGCUUGUAGGAUGGCUGAUACUUGUCGGGAGAAUUAUAUCGAAACAGCGCACUGUUCUAGAACAUGCAAUGCCUGUCAAAGUCAACAUAUCAACAGCUUUUAUCACGAUGGAUGUUUCCUACCUGUGGAAAUACUGUUUGAUCGGCUUAUCCAGCUGUUGAAGUAUUUAAUGAUUCCAGUAACUACCAGCCGCGCUGCAGCGCAGCUCCUCAUUGUUUACAAACUAAACGAAUGUGUUGUUCAUAUUUAGUUCAUAACAUACCUUCUAACCAAUCCUACCCAGCAAUAUCUCCGCACUUUGCCAUUAUUACCAAAUAAAAUCCGUUGAGAAUAAGCAUUUGUGCCAUUCAUCCGAGCGAAUUAACCCAGAUUAAACAAAAAGUAUUUAUUGCAUUCUCAUUAAUUGCUCAAUUAAAUUUACUUAGCAUACUUCUACGGGUGCAUAGAAUAAGCCGUUUCUU